AUGGGUCAGUCAGGUUUUAUGUGUGUUGCUCAACAUGUCAUGAAAAGAGUCAAAGUUACUGUUGCUGCAUUUGGUGAUAAAAAGUUCCAGUACCAGAACCUGAACCGUAUUGACGAGGCUGUAAGGGAUGUUUCUAUGGCAUAUGGGCUAGCUGCAGUUCAAGAAUUCAUUGCAA